GUUGAUUUACAGGAUCCCACCGACAAGGUAUCGCAGCCUCACCCAGAUCUGAGGGAGGGGCGGCUUCGGGGAGGUCGGCUGUCGGGGGACUAGGCCUUGCCCGAAUUGUUACGGUGUCAGGCCGUGGAACCCUGACACUCGGAGAGCUUGCGAUGGAGCAGUUCAGGAGGCGGGCGAUGGAGGUGCGAGAGAAAUGGGAGAACGAGGAGCGCUACGUGAGGAGGAAUGUUGGGCGUGUCAUCGUAAAUCAGUCCUCCCGUCCUACUCUCUCACGAGUGCAGAAGUGGACGGCAUGUGCAAGACACCGGUUUCGAAUGCGAUCAGUUGCACGGCUGCGGGAGGCCGCACGACUGGAGUCUAUGGCAAGCGAAAUUGCUGCAAAGCUGCUAGCAGCAGGCGUCGAUCUCUCGCACGUCCCAGGCGGCGCCUCGCUGACACCCGGAGCGAGCGAUCAGGGCCCGCGGGUUGGCGGCGACGCAGCCGCACCAGGUACGUCAAGUGCCGGUGCACCCCCAAAAAUGGCCAUGCAAUUGUACGUGCGUUUGGGUGUUGCCGCGCUGAGGAAGGAAGCGAACGAGCUCGAGGAGCUGUUGGCUAACAAGGAUUUGAAUGUCGAACAACUGGUCGCGGAGCGCAUGGCUACCAGCCUCACUCCAAAUCCCCCUGAUGCACUUCUGCAUCAGUUGCGGAAUCACGCAAGGGGGGUGCACGCUAAACAAGCGACCCGCCGGAGAGAGAGAGCAGCGACUCUUCGGGCCCAGGCAGAUAUAUGGGAGGGCCGUCUGGCCUCAGGUGACUUGACGCAGCAGGAUCCCGAUGAGGGCUCCUCCUCCAGGGAAACAGCACCCCAACCAGCAUCGAAAUCGGACACUACACAAGGCCGACGAGCCGGCCGCCGCCGUGGACGUCAACAGGGGCAAGACGCAGGCGAGGGCACCGCAGCUACUGGCCCGAGUGCCCCGUCUGUGAGCAGCGCGUCGCCCAUGUCCCGCCUGGAGGGCUCACUAAGGGGUACACUGCUCGGGAGCAGUGUUCCGCUUCCAGGAAGGGGGAAUGUUGCCUACGCCAAACUUGCAGCUGACAAGCUGCGACUAGAGGCGGAGUCUAUGCUCACCAAAUGGGGGUCGCUCGAGGUUUACGUGAGAGGACGGAUUGCCGAUCGAAUGCUGGAAGAGAACAAUCGGAGUCCUAGUGUGGCUGAAGUCCGGUCCUGGUUGCGUCGGGCUCGGCAAAGGUACUACCGUUGGGGAGCACACCGCACGCAACAAGCUGCUGAGUUGCGCAACAGAGCCGGAUAUCUAGACACACAGACGCCAGCAGAGGGCGACUUCCUACGAAGCCCCCAGGAGACGCCCACUCAUCGACCUCCUUCCUCUACUGAUCUGCCAGGUGAUGAAUCGGAAGGAGUCUCAAGCGGAUUUCCACCCAGGCCGGCACCACGGGCGCCUGACCUUACGUUUGCGGACCUUGCCAUUUCGAACUUAAGGAGAGAGGCAAGGAUAAUAGAAGCCGCAUGGAGCCAUGGAGAAUGUUUUUAUGUUGCCCAGCAAGCCGCCCUUCGCAUGGUGCGAGAGAACGAUCCCUCACCUGGGCCGCUCACACAGCGAGAGUGGGCGUACAAUGAUAGAAAGGUCUUCCGUGCCGAAGUUAUGGUUCAACAGCAAAGGGCUCGAGAUCUGAGGGAUAAGGCGAACGCCCUGGAACAGGAGCUUCGCACCCUGCUCUCGUCGGCAUCGGGGCAAGUCCCAGAACCGCUGCGCGAAUCCGGAUCGACUGUAGAUCCAUCAGCGGAGCAGUCCGUCGAGCGUCCGUCAGGAAAAAGGAAACAGAAACGGAAACACCUGUAUCAUAGCAGUGCCGAGAGCGCCGGCGAAGGCCCAUCCAGCGGCGGUGCUAUGCUUCCGGCGCUGCCCCUUUGGUUGACCCCAGUCUCGGCGGUGCGCCUUGGGACUCGUCAACGGGACCCCAGCAAUCCGCCUGUCGCUGUCGGGCCUUCUCCUGGAUCGUCGUCACCUGAGCAGCACUUGCCGGCUGCAAGACGCUCCCAAAGAGGAUCUGGUCCAUCGUCAUCAACACGUGAACAUCCGCCACCGGCAACUGGCGGCCCGCUGCCGCAACGAUAUACGCCAGUACCCACCACAACACCUCCGUACCCCGCCGACGUCGAGCGUGGCCUUGGUGACCCCACACCGCCCCACCCCAAAAAGCGACGGCUCCUUGAAUUUCUGUCUGAUACAGCCAGACUCGAAAAAACUCCACCGGGACACCGCCGGCCGCUUGGGCGUCUCGCGCUGACGUCAACAGCGAGCCACAUGGCGUCAAGCUCCCAAAUGGCCUCAGGCCCACCGCAAGUGCCUAUUCUAGCAGGGACACAUGGUAGACUGUCUGGGAGCGGCGGCGACAUCAUUCCGUCUUUGUCUCUGCCGCUCAAGAAGCGCCCACUGCGGGGACCUGCAGUUCCCCGCCACGCAGCGGCCGCCGCUGCCACGCCUCUUGUCCGGCAGCCCCCUUUCCGCUCGGGAUCGCUCGCGAGUGCGGGCACUACAUCUGGAACGCCAUCCCAGCCACCAUCUUCCAUGGAGCCGUCAGCACCUGUGUCGGCGCCUGCAGGUGACCCAGGUGUAGAACCGCGUGGACAGCUUCGCCCUCCAGAUCCCCGCUGAUGCCUUGUCUCAUGCACUGCAAUCAGAGCAUCAGUGAUGAGCCGGGUACAAGGAUGUGAGCAGGCGGUUGGCAUGCGACAUACCUGCGUCGACCCGAAAUCCUGAUAUGCAUAUCAUGCGGGAUCCUCGCCUCGAUUUCGGACUACAUAGAAGAUGGUGACCGAGGCUGCCUGGAAAGACAGACCGUUCGGUUGCCGGCGUUGGACACGAGACGAUGUAACGUCGCCAGUGUUUUCCCGCCCGCUCCACGUAACAGCAUCGCCACAUUAGUCACUAGUCCUCUCAUCCCCAUGACGUACAUGCGUGCGCCGAACACGCGUGUCUUCUUCAUCUAAUACUUUGCAGAAACACGUCUAUCGAUUUCUCUACAUUGGCUUGCGGAUGGGUAAAAGGCCGGAUAUACGCCAGACUGACGCCGGUCUGUUGUUCCCGUUCGUGAUGAGCCAUUUGUCGCGGUGGUCCGUGACUAUUCGCCCUUGCGCCUCACGCCGGGUCAACCAGCUUUAUCGCAUGUGCCACAGACAUCGAGUCGGGGAGAUGCACUUUUCCAUUCGGUCUUGAUGGCCGCGCCUCUCGUAUGUGGUGCGAUGGAUAAAAGACUCCAAUGACUCUAGGAAAGGGAAUACGUUUGUUUGCUCUCGAGUGGGGUGGGCCAGUUGGCAGGGCAACACGCUCUACCAGUGUCAUACCACAGUCUCGUCCAGGAUCCGUAUUCACGCCAACACAAUGAUCUGCGCACAUGCCGCAGAUAUCCAUGAAGCCGACAUAGAUGUUAUCGAACAUGCGUAUUUGCGCAUGCCGACUACACCGACACCUAGACCUACCGCACCCUGCGACACAGCCGACCUGCAGCAGCGCAGGAGUACUCAUGUCGCCCCUCCGCAGCGCAUGAGUACUCGUGUCGCCCUCCAGCCGAACAACCAUUCCUGAAUGCUCGUCCAAGUGGCUACAUCGCUCGAGCGAACACUUCGCAAUUUGAGGACAGGAGUGCCUGUGACGUUCGACAAUGGUGACGGCGGCAGUGUUCCGCCAAAUGUUCAUCGCGCUCCCUGGUGCGCUGGUGAACGGAGACCUGCCUGUCACUCAGUUGUGCGGCAAGCACUGGAGCGCCGAAAUGCAUAUGGUGAUCUCAAGGCACCUUCGGGCCCAGGCAACAGACGAGGCUGAUCAUGGUGACGAUAAGAUCUGUGCGGUCCUAAAACGUAGAGCUCUGGAGCCACACGCUGC